AGCGUGCUCCGUGCAGCCACCUUGCCUGCUCGCCAUGGGGACGCUCCGCGGCACCCCUGCGCCACGGCCGCCGGCCGAGUGCCCGAGUGCUCAGAGCGGCUUGCGGAAGCCCUGCGGGACAGCCACCGUGGAGAACGGCUCUGGGCCAGGCUUGUACGUCCUGCCGUCCGCCGUGGGCUAUGUCAAGCACGACUGCACCAGGCCCGCCGGGCCAGCCUACUCACUUUUCUGGAGGCCCAGCCCCGCAUCUCCACAGGACGUCAGCCCUGGGCCAGUCUACUUCCUGGACCCAAAAGUCACCCGGUUUGGCCGAAGCUGCACCCCUGCUUACUCCAUGCAGGGCCGGGGCAAGGCUCGGAGUCUGGAGGUGACACCAGGCCCUGGGGCCUACAGCCCAGAGAAGGUGGCCCCUGUGCGCCAGCGGACGCCCCCGGCUUUCACCCUCGGCUCCCGCCUGCGCCCGCAGCUCCAGGACACCUCAGCCCCUGCUCCUAACACCUAUACGCUGCCCUCCCUCUGGGGCUCGCAGAUAUUCGUUAAGCCCAGCAGUCCCAGCUACACAGUGGUGGGCCGCACGCCCCCUGCCCGUCCCCCUCAGGACCCUGCUGAGAUCCCAGGCCCAGGCCAGUAUGAUUGCCCUGACCCCAACACCUACCGUCGGCGCCGGCCUGCCUUCACCAUGCUGGGCCGGCCCCGUGCCCCCCGGCCCCCAGAGGAGACCCCUGGCCCUGGCACCCACAGCCCCGAGCAGGUCACCAUGACCAAGGCCAGGGCGCCGGCGUUCACCAUGGGCAUCCGCCACUCCAGACGUGCUGCCACCAUGGCUGCGGACACCAUGCCCUGACACCUCGGGGUUAGGCCUCCCAGCUGCCCCUGGACCAAGCCUCAGUUUACCUAUGUUGUCAGGUGGGGUGUGGGCAGGCACCUCCUGGGCCUGGCUUUGGCUGGGGUGUGCUUGGAGAAGCGGGGAGCAGGCUCAUCUUGCCUUCUCUGAGGUCCUUCUAGGCCACCUGCUCCCUUCGGUCCCUGGGGGCUGUGACCCCGUGGCCCCGCGCAGGGUGAGCUUCCUUCCAGUGGCCCAGUUUCUUCCUCCCGGUCACAGCAGGUCAAGUCAGGCCAGGCAGAGAAAAGGACGCCUGCGGCCCGGCCCAGCGGCUGGGCUGGAGCUCUCUGUGUCCCGGAACCUGGGGCCCACCCUGCCAGGGCCUGGGUCCCAGGCACAGUUCACGUCUCCUGUGUCCCCUGGGUCCUCAGCACAGCUCAUGUCUCCUGUGUCCUGGAGCCCGGUGUCUGCGCUGCUGGGGCCUGGGUCCCCGGCACAGCUCACACUUCUGCUAAACUUGGGCUCUUCCCCUGCUUCUCACGGAUGCACAGUCAGCUGCCUGUCCUGGUCCCAUCCCCCAAAUCAGGCUGGAAGCUGCCUGAUUCUUCUCCCUCUAGCUGCUUGCCAAUAAAUCUCUGUGGCACAAGA